GGCGCGGCUCCCCGCGGCCCCGCCGAGCCCCGCGUCUUCCUCAGCAGCUGGGCGGUGCGGGCGGCGCCGGGGCCGCGGGGGGCCGCGCGCCUGGCCCGCCGCCACGGGCUGCUCUGCCUCGGCCAGGUGAUAGAGGGAGAGCCUUAUUACCAUUUCAAACACCGAGGCGCGGUGCAGAAAUCCUUAAGCAGACACUGGGGCUGGAACAUGCGCCUGAAGAAAGAACCGCAGGUUCACUGGUUUGAGCAGCAAACUGUGAAGAAGCGUAUGAAGAGAAGCAUCUCGGUGGUGCCGACAGAUCCCUGGUUCUAUAAACAGUGGUAUAUGAACAAUGAUGUCAAUCCAGAUCUGAAUGUCCUCACUGCUUGGGGCAAAGGGUACACUGGGCUGGGAGUUGUGCUCUCCAUCCUGGAUGAUGGGAUUGAGAAGGAUCACCCAGACCUGUCUCCUAACUAUGAUCCCCUUGCAAGUUACGACUUCAACAGCAAUGACCCUGAUCCACAGCCCAGAUACAAUGCCUGGGAUGAGAACCGGCACGGCACACGUUGUGCAGGAGAAGUGGCAGCUGUAGCCAACAAUCGAAUUUGUGGAGCAGGCAUUGCGUACAAUGCAAAAGUUGGAGGUGUGCGGAUGCUGGACGGUCUCAUCACUGACAUUGUGGAGGCUCAGUCCCUGAGCUUCCACCCCCAGCACAUCCAUAUCUACAGUGCCAGCUGGGGCCCCGAGGAUGACGGAAAGACCGUGGAUGGGCCAGGAGUGCUGGCCAUGGAGGCCUUCUACAAAGGGGUUGCAGAGGGGCGAGGAGGCCUUGGUUCAGUCUUCGUCUGGGCCUCCGGCAAUGGCGGGCUCCACCACGACAACUGCAACUGUGACGGGUACACCAACAGCAUCUAUACCCUGUCUGUCGGCAGCACCUCUGCAAGCGGUCAGAUUCCCUGGUACAGCGAGGCCUGUUCCUCCACCCUCACCACCACCUACAGCAGUGGCAUGAGGAGUGAGAAGCAGAUUGUGACCACCGACUUGCACCACCGCUGCACCGACAAGCACUCGGGCACCUCUGCCUCUGCCCCGUUGGCUGCGGGAAUGAUUGCCCUCGCUCUAGAGGCCAACCCAGCACUGACCUGGCGUGACUUGCAGCAUCUUGUGGUCAGGGCUUCCAAACCUGCCCACCUGCAGGCAGAAGACUGGGCCGUGAAUGGGGUUGGACGCAAGGUGAGCCACCACUAUGGCUACGGGCUCCUGGAUGCUGGCCUGCUGGUGGAGCUGGCCAAGAAGUGGACAGGAACUCAGCCUCAGCGGAAGUGUUCGGUCAAGGCACUUCACACACCCCGGAACAUAGGCUCCAAGCUCACCAUCUCUGUGAACGUCUCUUCCUGCUCGGGGAGGACCAAGGGCAUCCGCUCACUGGAGCAUGUCCAGGUCCAGCUCUCUCUGAGCUACAGCAGGAGAGGGGAUCUGAUGAUUGCUCUGACCAGCCCAAUGAGGACCACGUCCACGCUGGUGGCUGUGCGUCCCCAUGACACCAGCAGGGAGGGUUACAAGGACUGGACCUUCAUGUCCACACACUUCUGGGAUGAGGAUCCCCAUGGGACCUGGACACUCCUGCUAGAGAACAAGGGUGAUGCCUAUAACACAGGCAUCCUGACCAGCUUCAUCCUGCACCUCCACGGCACGGAUGAGAACAUGAUGGGCCGGCGCUUGGCAGCCUCUGCUGUGAGCAAGUGCGUUAAGUGGGAUGCCCAGGGAACAUGCGCGGAGUGUGGUGAAUCAUUCUACGCCUACCAGCACUUGUGCCUGUCCUACUGCCCUCCACGCUACUACAGCCGUACCCAGAGAUCUGCCUCCCCGCAGGCAGCCGGCAUCUGUGCUGACUGCCACCCCUCCUGCUACACGUGCCAGGGUGCUUCGGCCAACAACUGCACCGCCUGCCCCCCCUCCUGCACUUUCGACGAGCUCUCCCACUCCUGCUCGCCUCCGCAGAACUUGCCCAGCCAGGACACGCUGCAACAGGCGCAUCUCCCCGUCCUCAUCCUGCUGAGCCUGAUCUGCGGGAGCCCAAUCCUCUUAGCCAUCCUCUACGUCACAUACCACGUGGCCUUCUUCACCGGCUGCCUCCGCAGCUGGCAGAUGGUGCCUGCUGGCCUUGGACGGGGAGGACAGAGUUACAGCAGCCCCAGCCGACAGACAUGCACACUCCAGGAACCUGCACAGACACAGGCUGCUGGAGCCCCAGUCUGGGACAGAGCUGGCCUUACUGGGCCUCCAAAAUAA